AUGACAGUCGUCCCGCAGCCUCCCUACCCCCUUCACGAGUCGAUUCGGGAUCGGCUGCACCCCGAGUACGUCGCCUUCUACAACCAGUUCAUCAUCAACCAGCAGCAGGUACACUACCAACCCGUCACCGCGUCGCGGACCAGCGGUAUAUUGAUUCCUGGCGGCGGCCCGGUGGUCGAUGUCGGCAAAGUAGAGGACAUCAGUGUCAAGCGAUCGGAGACGGAGGGGCCUGAUAUCCCCGUGCGUGUCUUCACACCCCCUGGGGAGCGACCAGAAAACGGCUGGCCCGUUUGUCUCUAUUUCCAUGGCGGGGGGUGGGUGCUUGGUAACAUCAAUACGGAGAACACGGUGUGCAGCAAUGUCUGUCUACGGGGGAAGUGUGUCGUUGUGACGGUUGACUAUCGACUUGCUCCUGAAUAUCCAUUCCCCGCUGCAGUUCAUGACUGCUGGGAGGCCCUCCUCUGGUUGGUUUCAAGUGCGACAGCAUCUGCACUGUCCAUCGAUACGUCUAAGCUGCUGGUUGCGGGCUCUUCAGCCGGCGGGAAUCUCGCAGCGGUCAUGACGCAUAAGGCCCUUGCCCUCUCUCAAGGAGACAGCGAAAGUCAUCGACCAAUCCGGAUUGUCAAACAGGUGCUGGUAGUCCCCGUGAUGGACAACACCGCCACAGUCGCCAACAACUGGUCAUGGCGAGAGUUUGAACAUACUGCGGCCCUGCCUGCAGCCAAGAUGAUGUGGUACCGCAACCACUAUCUGCCCAUUGAGACGGACCGGGCCAACCCCGAGGCCAGUCCCCUGUUGUACGAUGACGAUGAUAACUGGUCCAAACUGGCCCCGGCAGUGAUUAUCGUUGGUGAGUUGGACGUCCUGCGUGGAGAGGGCGAGACAUAUGCCGAGAAACUCCAGCGGGCUGGGGUCCCGGUCGACUUGCAUCUCAUGCAGGGCAUGCCGCAUCCGUUUCUAGCCAUGGAUUCAGUGUUGCAGGCUGGAAAGACGGCCAUCACCCUGUUUUGUGAGGCUGCGUUGAGUGCCUUUUAUUGA